AUGGAUGAAGACAACAUAAUCCCUGAUGUAGAAGUAGUUAUGAGGGAUUUUUACAUGAAUAUCGAUCUUGAAGUAGAAUUUCUUGAAAAAAGAUUAUCAAAGCAUAGAGAUAAUGAGAGUGAUGAUGACAUUGAAGAAUUGGAUGUUAUAGAUAAUGAUCAAUGGGAUUCACUGGAUGAGGGUUCUGAUACAUAUUGGAAAAUGAGAGCUGUAAUAAAGGAAUUGGGGAAGGAGAUAAGGUGUUCUCAAGGCGAGAUACACAAGAUAAUGGAUCAGAUUGAAUCCAACCUAACAAUCCCAGUCAGAGCUCUUCAAGAAUCACUUCAAAAGGAAUAUCAAGUUGGAUUCUUUAUUCACAAGUCUACUAAUCCAGAUAUAAUUGUAAAUUUAGAGUUUGAUUCUGAACCCAACCCAAGUAGAGCAGUAUCAAAUAUGCUUCUGAAUAAUAUUUGUGAAGUUUUUAAUAGCAAAUUGAUUGAAGGAAGGGACAAGCCACUGAUAACCUGCUUGGAGUACAUCAGGGAGUAUAUGAUGAAAAGAAUAUGCCUAAAUGACAAAGCAAAUAAUGGUGAGAAAGUUAGAGUGUUGCACACUUAUGCCCACAGGAUGCACUGGCUAGAAACAUGGAAAGCAACUUAUGUGUACAAGGUAGAGCUUAUUAAAGGUCAAGCAAUGUGUCCUAUGAGUGAAUGUCCAAUUAAAAUCACCCCUCCUCUACACCAUAAUCAGCCUAGAAGGACCAAGAAAAAGAGGAAGCAAUCUAUUGAGGAGAAAAGCCAGAUGAAGGGAGACAAUGGUGCUAGUGGGGGUGGGAGUCAAAUUCAUGUUGCUAAUAGGAGUGGAAAGCUUACAAGAAAGUUUAUCAAAGUAACUUGCAGAAAGUGUAAAAAUAAAGGGCACAAUGCUAGAACUUGCAAAGUCCAAGGGGGUAACUGA